GUUUGAAUUGAAAAUUUUUUUGUCUGAAAAGUUUUAACUUUAUUUAUUUCAUUUCAUAGAUCAUCAUCUGCGUUUCAUCGAAAACAAAACCGCAAAAAAUGUCUGCGAAAAUUUCCUUAUUAUCAUUACUGUUAAUGAUCAGCGUUUGGCAUUCGGUUUACAGUAAUCAUCCAAAUAUCGUUAUAUCACCAAUGUUAGAUUCAUCAAUGAAUCUAACUAAAAUGCUUGGUGGUGAUGAUAUUAAUCGUUGUUUUCAUCAAACGACAAAUCAAACCAACAAUGAUUCACUAACAAAUAUUGAUAAUGUUAGUCGUAUUAUGUUGGAUGGUGCAAAAUUUUUUGCUAUUCGUUUAUUUAAAACAUUGAAUCUUUUUGAACCAAAACAAACAUCAAAUGGUUUAAUAUUUUCACCGGCAUCAAUUUGGUCAACAAUGAUUAUCGCUUAUCUAGGAUCGGAAGGUGAAACUGAACAAGAAUUAAGUAAUCGUUUGAAAUUGAAUCAAUUAAGUAAAUCAAGUGUUGCCUUAGCAUAUCGUAGUAUAAAAUGGUGGAAACAAAUGAAAACGAUGCAAGCGAAUAGCAAUAAAACUAAUGGAUCGGAUUCAACAUUAGUAUCAAGUGCAAAUAAACUUUAUAUUGAUAAUCAAAUCCAAUUGAAUAAUUGUUUUGAACAGAUUUUUCAUGAUGAAAUUGAAUUGAAACCAUUUUCAACCAGACCCGAACAAUGUGUUCAAGAAAUUAAUGGUUGGGUUAAUGAUCAAACUAAAGGCAAAAUAAAUGAUCUUAUAGUACCGGGAACGAUAACACCAAUGACCAAAAUAAUGAUGGUUAAUGCAAUUUAUUUUAAAUCAUUUUGGGCACAACAAUUUGAUUCUUCACGUACCGAACGGCAAUUAUUUCAUGUUUCAAAUCAAGAACAUUUAGAAUGUAAUAUGAUGCGUUUGGAUUCAGCUAGUGUUAUGUUCGGUCUAUCAGAUCAAUUGGCUGUAACAGCUAUCGAACUGCCAUAUUCAAAUCCAGAUUAUUCAAUGGUCAUUUUGCUGCCGGAUCCAUCUCGGUCACUGGAUUCAUUGAUUCGUGAUUUAUCAUUAUCAAAACUUCAACAAUUAUUUGAUCAAAUGUAUGAUGAUGAAGUUAUGGUUAUGAUACCGAAAUUUCAAGCAGAACAAGAAUUUGAAUUAGCCGGUGCAUUGUUUUCGAUGGGCAUUAAAAAAUUAUUCGAUCCACGUUAUGCUAAUCUUGCAUUAAUAUUUGCCGAUAAUAAUGGUAAUCAUUCAAAUCAAUCAUCAACAUUAUCACCGAAUAAAAUUGCCCUGGAUUCAGUAGUACAUAAAUCAUUUAUUGCUGUUAAUGAAGAAGGUACUGAAGCAGCUGCAGCAACUGCAAUGAUUUUUGCUCGUAGCGGUCGGCCAGCAUUUCCUACCGAAUUUAUUGCUAAUCGUCCAUUUUUGUAUAUGAUACGUGAUAUAUCAACAAAUAUGAUUUUAUUUCUUGGUACUGUUCGACGACCAUCGUCGCCUCCGCCAUCAUCUUCGUAAUCCUCAUCAAUGAAAUAUGAAUUUAUCCACUAUGUAAAUAUUGAUCCAAAUCACAAACACACUCACUCACUCGAAUGCUUUACCCCCUUUUUUUUGAAUAAAAAAAAUCAAAACAUUUUUUUCUGCAUAAUA